AACUAUUAAUUAUAUGAUGUUGUCGUGUCUUCUGUGUAGCGUCCCGUCUAUUUAUCUUUCUUUAUAAAAACUAGUUUUAGGUCAAAUCCUCUUAGAUAUAAGUGUAAAUUACGAGUUAUUAGUAAUUAAAAUAAAAUAAUUAAAGUACAAGGUUAAGAGGCAGCAGAGGUGAUUUCAAAUUCUAACAUGGAUAGAAAUAUGAGAUCAAGUUAUGUGAACAGCGGGCCAAGAUCUUUGCCGCACAUGGGCGGAGGCAAAAGACAGAAUAUCAAUGGACACAAUGGAGCGCGUCUCAGUCCCCCAGCACAGAUGCCUCCUGGACAAUUACACAAUAAUAAUAAUAACAAUCAACAUGAUGAUCUCAUAAAUUAUAUCUAUGAUUCUUGGAAUAAGGUGACACGUGAACUAGAGCGAGGCAAUGAAGACGCUAGGUACUACCAAGAGGUGCUGGCGCCACGACAACUGGCUAACUUCAGACCAUUCAACUUGGAGGAGUGGUGGGGCAGACGGCUCGUGCAGACAAUAAAUCGCAACAAGCAUCGCUCCUAGUUAGCGACUGAAUCAUAUGAAAUACUAUCUCAUUGCAACAUUAUUUAAGGUAUGAAAAAUGUAAGAAC